UUAUGUAGGACUUAGAAGAGGUUGACGUUCUCUCUUCAUUUUAAAUGAUGAGUCAAAUUUUAUUGCGAAGAUGAUUUCUAUUAAUGUUUCGUUUAAGUUUACGCUUUUGAUUAGUUGGUACUAACAAGAAUCUCUCAUUAUCCUGAAUCUGAAGAUGAGGAAGAAUUCACAAACGAAAAUAGUUGGAUCAAAUGUGAUUCUUGUCCCUUACAGAAGAAUCCAUGUACCAAAGUAUCACUGUUGGAUGCAGUCUAAAGAAUUACAGGAGCUCACCGCUUCAGAGCCUUUAACAGAAGAAGAGGAGUUUGAGAUGCAGCAGAGCUGGCUGUGUGAUGAAAACAAAUGUACUUUCAUAGUUUUAGAACGGAGAAUAUAUGAUGAGAACCAGAAUGAGAUAGAAGCCAUGAUUGGUGACACCAACCUCUACCUGAUAGAAGAGGACGGAAGUCUCAUCGGAGAGACUGGCAUCAUGAUAGCAGAAGAGUCAGUUAGAGGAAGGGGACGGGGGAGGGAAGCAAUCCUGCUCAUGUUGAGAUAUGGUGUCGAACAUUUGGAUGUUAAGAGGUUUCUUGCGAAGAUAUCUCUUUCAAAUGAAAUCAGCAUCAAAAUGUUCAAGAAGUUGGGUUUCGAGGUGGAAAGUGAAAGCAGUGUGUUUCAGGAAGUGACUCUUUUUGUUGAUGUUUCUUCUUCUUGGAGAACCUGGCUUAAAGAUCAGACAAACCACUUUUAUAUAGAGUCAGAGACUUCUAAAUCCCUAUGAUUUUAUGUGAUAAAAAAAUUGUAAAUAUAAAAAUGCAUAUACUAGUAAAGUUAAUGAUGAUAUCUAA